CGCUCUUGGUGCAAGCGCCAGAGCUGCAGAGGCUGUGCGAGUGGCGAGUGACGAGCCCUUUCACCUCAGUGAGUGCCUUUGUGUGCGGUCUCUUUGAGGUUUGUGACUUUGAGGGGCCAUGUGAGCUGUUGUGCCUUGAUCGCCCUUGCGGGCAGCCGUUUGGUGCAGAGACUUCACCGCAACACCGCAAACUGCCAUGUCGGACUUUGAUCGUGUGACGGGUUUGAGAACCGGUGGCAGUGAUCAUGAUCAUGAGUCAGACAGUGAAAGCUCGGAGGUCGUUCUCAAACACAAGAAAGACUAUGUGGCUGCCCUUCAGGGGGCCGGCGUGGCAGCCAGCAUGAAUUGGAAACUGGCCUCGUUGCAGGAGGCUUGGAAUCAGCACAAGAGAGGUGGGGGCCACUCAGAGGCCACAGCAGUUGAGGAGCCGGCCGCAGAGGCCACAGUUGAGGAGCCGGCCGCAGAGGCCGCAGUUGAGGAGCCGGCCGCAGAGGCCACAGUUGAGGAGCCGGCCGCAGAGGCCGCAGUUGAGGAGCCGGCCGCAGAGGCCGCAGUUGAGGAGCCGGCCGCAGAGGCCGCAGUUGAGGAGCCGGCCGCAGAGGCCGCAGUUGAGGAGCCGGCCGCAGAGGCCGCAGUUGAGGAGCCGGCCGCAGUCAAGGAGCCAAGGCCCAUGGAAGCUGUUGAUGCCGUGAAAGUUGGACAGAGCCCGGACCCUCCAUGUAGGCAAGUGCCCUCUGAGGAGUUGCAACUGGCUGCGAUCGCUCAGCAGCUCGUGCAAUUGCCGCGGAGUGAGAGGAUCUCUCGGCUGGAGGUGUUGGUCUCUUCAUGGAAGUCCCAAGAUGAUUCUUUCUGCCUCCCGAAGGCGGUCGAAGUCAAUGUCCGUGAGGAGCCUGCCAAGAAGACCAAGGCCGUCGCCGAGCCUGCCAGGGAGAAGCCGCCUUUGAAGAAGCGUCGGAACUACUACCUCCAGGCCAUGCGAUCGCUUGGUGUGAAAACUACUUGGUCAACUGGGCAGGGAGGCUCCGGCAGGCUGGGCUUCGUUUUGUCGGAGCCAUUUAACAGGGAGGCGGUGGAGCACUUUGGGUCGCUGCGUGCAGCUGCGCAGCUCGGCUUCAGGCGAGCUCUGGCGGCGCUUCUGGUGCGGGACACAGAGGCCGCUGGUGUGGUUAAAGUGGCGUACCGGGAGUGCCACACCGUUGCUGACCUCUUUGAUGUGGAGACGCUUGGCAGAGCCUACGGUGGCUAUGUUGCCAAGCACUACGAGGAGCUGGCAAAGCGGCUCAAGAAGAUCGACCCUGUGAAGGGGCAGGACGAUGUGGAUGCCAUCAGCGCGCAGAUGGGCAUUUACAUGCAGCUGCCCCCCGAGGUUUGCCGCAGUGGCAUGCCCCUCGUGGACAUCGACCAGCAGUGCAGUGCCGGGCGGAUCUUGUUGGGGCGACACCCGAGCGCCGCCAGGCUUGGGCACUUUGUGCGCAAUAGGGACUCCUACCUGGACAUGCUGCCAGUGGAGCGGGAGGACGCCAAGGAGUUCUUCACGGGCCUGUUGUUUGGGGGCGGCAGCGGGCGCUGCCGGGAGUUUGAGGAUCAGCACGGCGUCCGGCUGCCUCAGUGCGUCCAGGACCUCAUUGCGGAGCUGCGGGCUUUGAGGGACAUCGAUGAGAAGAAGUACGAGAACCAGAUGAGGAUGCUGGCCACCGAGUACCCUGGCAAAACUCUGCAGGCCUUCCUCCACCAGAUCGAAGAGCGUCGGAUCUCCAGCGCCUUUUGCGCUGCAGUGGAGGCCGCGGUGCCGGACAGCCCGCUCGGUAUCAAGGCUUACCAAAGCAUGGAGGAGCUGCUGCGCCACUUCAAGACCAUCCACCCGGAGUGUGACUGGGAGACGGUGGACAAUGACUGGGUAGAGCAGGAGCAGGUUCGGUUCCAGCUCAGUGCCUACCUGUCGGCCGGCGUGGAGUCCGUGGACUAUCUCGCGGCCCAGUUGCUGCCCGGGCACGUGCUGAACAACGGUGUGCUUGUGUUGGACACAUACAAGUGCGUCCCAACAUCUACCAGGCACACCGAAACCGCCAUGUUUGACGAGGGCAAGGGCCGCUGGACUUUGGCGAAAUCGGCGCACGCCGAGACGACGCUGGCUGAUGUGGUGAAGCAGGUCUACAUCGACUCGACGCCGGAGGACUGGGUCGGCCUCCCCCCCAAGGUGGCGUUCCAGAUCGCCUCGCUCCGCAAGGUGGCGAAUACCGCGAUGGAAAAGGGGCUCUACGAUCCCUACUUCUUCGCAGAGCUGGACGGCAAUAAGUACCGUGACUUCUUGUUGUUUCUGGAUGGCUGGGUGCUGCACGUACCAACCAUGCAGGCCACCAGAGGCCGCAGGGACUUGCGGAUGAGCCGCUCACUGGGGAUCUCCUACCCCGGUGACUUGAUGCACAAGCUGGACGUUUUGAACGUCGCCGCCCUCCUGGAGGAGGUGGCCUGCUUUGAGGACGGCCUGCCGGAGAAAGACUACACCAGCGAGGACAUGUUCCCCCAGACCUUGGCAGACCGCCUGGUCCUUUUCCUGCUGAAGUUUGCCGCCUUCCAGCUGUGUUCCACGAAAAGCUUGGAGGAUGGGAUGCUUUGGGUCGGCGCUGGGAAGAACGGCAAGAACGCCUGGAUGUCCAUGCUGCUCAAACUCUUUGGUGAUUGUGGCCACACACCGCCCAAGGAGGUGCUCACGAAGCCGCCGCAACCGCCGGAUGAGGCGGCGCCUGUGCGCUUCGGCCUCAGGGGAAGGCGGUUGCUGUGGUUCAACGAGCUGGAGGAGAAGCACCCCAUUCAGAGCACGAUUUUCAAGGACUUCCGCGACCACGCAACGACCUUGACGGCUCGCACACUGUACGGGGACAACGUUGACUUCAACGUCACUUGGGGCAUGGUGCUUGCCACCAACAGUAGGGUGUCCUGGACCGCCGAGGAUGGCGGCGUUGGGAGGUCGCUGACGAAGGUGCGGUGGCCAUUGCGGUUUGUCGCCCCGGGCAUGCCGCUUGGUCCGAAUGACCGAGUCGUGGAUUUGCGGUGGAAGGCGACGGCUGUCGUGGAUAGCGUCGCCCCGGGGCUGCUUUACCUGCUGCUCCAGGUCUACAAAGUCUUUCUGCCCCGGCUCACAGACACCCAGAUCCACCCGCGACCGCAUUGUGUGGUCCUUGAGACCGGCGAUUCGUCGGAGACGUUCUAUGCGAGCAAGGCCGUGGCUAACUUUGUGGAGACCACGGGAACGCUGCUCAAGAGCGGCCCUGACUGCCUUGGAUGGCAGGCUGCUUUGGAGGCCUUCACGGCCAGUGCUCGGGGCAUCAACCGGGUAGGCGCGAGGGAUAUCUUCAAGGCAGAGUUCGAGGCACACAAGUACUGUGGGAAGUUGCUGGCAAAGCACCGUGAGACCAAGGCUUUCCUUGCCAGCUCAAAGCGGUGA